AUGACUGAUGCCCAAGAAACAAAACUAACAAAUUGUAGGUUCAGUUUUAGUUGUCAAAGAUUCUUGUACUGUGGAAUUAACUUACAAAGCAAUGCUGUAAUUGCAACUUUAUCAGAUGUGCCACAUAAAGAUAAUCAAACCUCUUCU